UUGCUUACUGUGUUGCAGUGACUGCCCCAGGCCAUUGGGGGUGCUAUUGCUUACUGUGUUGCAGUGACUGCCCCAGGCCAUUGGGGGUGCUAUUGCUUACUGUGUUGCAGUGACUGCCCCAGGCCAUUGGGGGUGCUAUUGCUUACUGUGUUGCGUAUCCUGCCAUGUCUGUUGCUGGGCAGGGCCGUAGCUGUUGGCAUGUCGUGCUGAGACUGGCGCUGCCAGCUGCCGGCUGAGUGUAGUUACGGAGCAGAGAGCCAACACAGGUGCAGCGCUGAGCAAACAGGCAAAUAAUAAAGAUAAAGAGGUGACAUUUCUCUUUCAUUGUUCAUAUCAGCUGCCCUCCUGCUAUUGUCCCCCUGUCACUGGUUUGUUUCAUGGAUACGGACCUCGGGCCCUCGGAACCGCCCCUCCCACAAUGCCUUUGUGCCACCAAUCGGAUUCUGGUAAAGGUUGCUGGGAGCGAUACAGACUCACAGGGUUUGGGCCCAGAGAUACAGACUCACAGGGUUUGGGCCCAGAGAUACAGACUCACAGGGUUUGGGCCCAGAGAUACAGGGUCACAGGGUUUGGGCCCAGAGAUACAGGGUCACAGGGUUUGGGCCCAGAGAUACAGACUCACAGGGUUUGGGCCCAGAGAUACAGACUCACAGGGUUUGGGCCCAGAGAUACAGGGUCACAGGGUUUGGGCCCAGAGAUACAGGGUCACAGGGUUUGGGCCCAGAGAUACAGACUCACAGGGUUUGGCCCAGAGAUACAGACUCACAGGGUUUGGGCCCAGAGAUACAGACUCACAGGGUUUGGGCCCAGAGAUACAGACUCACAGGGUUUGGGCCCAGAGAUACAGGGUCACAGGGUUUGGGCCCAGAGAUACAGACUCACAGGGUUUGGGCCCAGAGAUACAGACUCACAGGGUUUGGGCCCAGAGAUACAGACUCACAGGGUUUGGGCCCAGAGAUACAGACUCACAGGGUUUGGGCCCAGAGAUACAGACUCACAGGGUUUGGGCCCAGAGAUACAGACUCACAGGGUUUGGGCCCAGAGAUACAGACUCACAGGGUUUGGGCCCAGAGAUACAGACUCACAGGGUUUGGGCCCAGAGAUACAGACUCACAGGGUUUGGGCCCAGAGAUACAGACUCACAGGGUUUGGGCCCAGAGAUACAGACUCACAGGGUUUGGGCCCAGAGAUACAGACUCACAGGGUUUGGGCCCAGAGAUACAGACUCACAGGGUUUGGGCCCAGAGAUACAGACUCACAGGGUUUGGGCCCAGAGAUACAGACUCACAGGGUUUGGGCCCAGAGAUACAGACUCACAGGGUUUGGGCCCAGAGAUACAGACUCACAGGGUUUGGGCCCAGAGAUACAGACUCACAGGGUUUGGGCCCAGAGAUACAGACUCACAGGGUUUGGGCCCAGAGAUACAGACUCACAGGGUUUGGGCCCAGAGAUACAGACUCACAGGGUUUGGGCCCAGAGAUACAGGGUCACAGGGUUUGGGCCCAGAGAUACAGACUCACAGGGUUUGGGCCCAGAGAUACAGACUCACAGGGUUUGGGCCCAGAGAUACAGACUCACAGGGUUUGGGCCCAGAGAUACAGACUCACAGGGUUUGGGCCCAGAGAUACAGACUCACAGGGUUUCCCAGCGAUACAGACUCACAGGGUUUGGGCCUUGGAGCGCUGGGGUCCAUAGUUCAUGGCAUAGGGACCUUAGAUUGUAAGCUCACUGGGGCAGGGACAGUUGGGAAUGAUAGGUAAUUGAUUUACUGCGCUGCUGCAUGUGUCAGUGCUAUAUAUUAUAUAUACAGGAUAAUAAAAUCACUGUGUACAGGUUGCCAGGGGCACUUGGAAAGAAAGUUUGAUUGUAAGCUCUGCAGGCAAAUGUCCCUAGGCCCUUGCAGGGAUGGGAUUCCCAGUGCUGG